CAAUCCUCUCUCACGACAUUUUCCGAAAGUCAAGCUCGUUCUUAUUCGUAUUCUUUCGUAGUCGAUCGCUGAAUCCCGGACCAUUCUCGCGAAUCGUUGAAUUUAUGCACCUUUUGUGAACAAUGGCAACGGUAUUGGGACGUGUUAUCGUUUACGGUGGAAAGGGUGCACUCGGUUCUGUUUGUGUAUCUCAAUUUAAAUCAAAAAAUUGGUGGGUUGGAUCCAUUGAUAUGAAACCGAAUGAAGAUGCAGAUGCUAACAUUGUUCUGAAAGCUACUAGAAAUUGGGAGGAACAGGAAAGUGAUAUCCUAUCAGAACUGAAGAAGAUUUUGAAUGAAGAAAAAGUGGAUGGGGUAAUUUGCGUAGCCGGUGGAUGGGCUGGAGGAAAUGCUUCUAGUACAGAUUUUAUCAAAAAUAAUGAUCUUAUGUGGAAACAAAGUGUUUGGAGCUCAGCUAUUGCGGCUGAAAUUGCGUCCCAUUAUUUAAAGACAGGAGGAUUUCUUGCAUUGACUGGUGCUAAAGCUGCAUUAGAAGGAACCCCAGGUAUGAUUGGUUACGGGAUGGCUAAAGCAGCAGUCCAUCAAUUAACCAAAUCCUUAGCUUCCAAGGACAGUGGUUUACCUCAAGAUUCUAUUGUUUCCGCUAUUUUACCUGUUACUUUGGACACCCCAAUGAAUAGAAAGUGGAUGCCUAAAGCUGACAAAAGUACAUGGACACCUCUUGAAUUUGUAUCAGACUUGUUUUGGAAAUGGUCGCAAAAUAAGGAUCGUCCUGCCAAUGGUAGUCUUCUUCAGCUAAUUACUAAAGACAACAAGACAACAUUGGUAGAAUCUUAAAAAUGGAAAUGAGAUUCUGGAAAAUAAUUAAUGGGAACAAAAAUCUCUAAAAGCAAUUUAUGACAAUAUUUAUAAUUAAUCAUUAUAAAGAACAAAAAAUAUUCUAUGUUUCCACAUAAAUUCUGUGAAUAUCCAAGUAUAUUAUAUUGUUAGAAUAUAUAUACACAUUGUUAA